AUGUUCGAGAACGUGUGCGCGAUCCCGCUCGACUACGACCUGUUCGCGCAGGCCAUCCACCCGGAUGAGCCAAUCGUCGCUGUGGGCCUCGCAUCCGGGCACGUGCAGACGUACAGGCUGCCCGGCGGCCAUGAUGGCGGCUCCGCGACCCCAGCGAGCGGCUUCGGGCACGUGGACACGCUGUGGAAGACGCGGCGGCACAAGGGCAGCUGCCGCACGCUCGGCUUCAGCGUCGACGGCGCUCAGCUGUACUCGGCGGGCACCGACGGCAUCGUGAAGGUCGCCGAUUCGACGACAGGUCAGGUGACGGCCAAGAUCGCCGUGCCUCUGGAUGCCGCCACCGGCGGCAUCGACGCCCCGACCCUCGUCCACGCACUCUCACCGCAGUCUCUGAUUCUCGGCACCGACUCGUCAGCGCUGCACAUCUACGACAUCCGCGCGCUCGGCCCGUCCAGGGCGCCGAGACCCGAGGCCACACACCGCCCGCACGACGACUACAUGUCCUCGCUGACCCCCCUCCCGCCCAGCGACACCAGCACCAGCGGCUUCAGCAAGCAGUGGGUGACGACAGGCGGCAGCACGCUGGCCGUGACCGAUCUGCGGCGGGGCGUCAUGGUGCGCUCCGAGGACCAGGAAGAAGAGCUCCUGUCCUCGGUGAUCGUGACCGGCCUGUCCAAGAAGGGCUCCAACGUCGGCGAGAAGGUGCUGGUCGGGGGCGGCAACGGCGUGCUGACACUGUGGGAGCGGGGCGUGUGGGACGACCAGGACGAGCGCAUCACCGUCGACCGUGCCAAGGGCAAGGAGGGCGCCGAGAGCCUGGAUGCCCUGGCGCUGCUGCCGCCGGGCGUGGGGCCCGGGGGCCGCAUCGCCGCUGUUGGGCUGGGGAAUGGGGAUAUUCGCUUUGUCAAAAUUGGGAAAAACAAGCUCAUCGGGGAGCUGAAGCAUGACGAGCUGGCGCGGGAGGGCGUGAUCGGUCUGGGCUUCGAUGUCACGGGCAGGAUGAUCAGCGGUGGAGGGCCGACGGUGAAGAUCUGGCGCGAGAAGGGCGCGGUGGAUGCCAGCGAAGCUGAAGAGGACGAUGAAGAGGAAGAGGAGGAGGAAGAGGACCAUGACGAGGAUCGUGACGAAGGCCUCGAGGAGCCGGCCGCGAAGAGGCUGCACGAGAGCAGCUCGGACCAAGACAGCGCCUCGGACGCGGCCUCCAGCAGCGAAGAGGAGCAGCAGAGCAAACGCAAGAAGAAAAAGCGCAACAAGGGCAAGCAGCAGAACAGCCACGGCAUCCUGAAGUUCUCCGGCCUGGACUAG